UGUUUAAUUUGGAGCAUAUGCAUAACAUACACUUCUCUGAUGUUGAAUAGUAAUUACUAAAAAGUGUUUUGCAAAGUUUUGCGAUAAACGGUUUUUGGGUUAUCAUAAAAGUUCUAACUACUAUGUUAAUUAUAUAGACAGCCCCAACAUGAAUUUCCAAAGUGUCAGAACGGGCAGAAAGAGGCAUGCAGGGUGGGAUGGUUAUGACGACAUCAGAAACGACAAAGGCGUUAUAACCCAUGCAAAGUGCAAAAAAUGCAAAAAAGAAUUAGUAAGAAGGGACGAGGCAACAUUAAAAAAACACGCAAAAUUAUGCAAAGGCCUUCAGAACGAAAAUAAUGCCAACGCUUCAAAUUCUUCACAAGCUAGCUAUAGCUCUUCAGAUGAAAAAAGUAAUUGUGAUGACUUCUCCAUGGAUGUAGAUAAAUCUAGUGAAAACACUAGAACAACCUGUGGUGACAUCAAUGAGAAAAGCCUGGUAUCUCAGCAACCUGUCGAAAUAACUAAUGAUAUGAAAAAUAUUUGUGUUUUGAAAUUUUUCUUGUCUUGCAAUAUCGACCUUGACAACAUCACUCAUCGGACAACUGUGGACUUAUUCAAAGCCUUCAAUCAUGAAGUCCCCACUGUAGCAGAAUUUAAAAGUAAUACCUUACAACAAGCUAUGGAUAACACAUGCAAGAAGAAUAAACUGAAAAAACAUUCCAAAAUUUUGAGUCUUAAAAUUUGCCAGAGCGACACCCAAGUUUCGUGCUUAGUUUUUUUAUUUAAUGAUGUUGUACACGAAGAACCGACUUUUAUUGAUUUAAAAAUUAUAGAAAAAGACCACGAUCCGAAUCUUACUACCGCUAUUGAUAGUUUUUGCAAAUCAUGCAUCAAAAAAGCUUUCAACUUGUACAACACGAGUAUUAAAUUUAUUAUACACGAUGGUGAGUUUGAGUUACAAUCAGAGGGAACUAUUUCUUUCAUGGCAAAAAGCAAAGACAUCAGACUGAAUUACACUUGUCUGGUAGGAGUAGACACUGUUAUUACAAGGUUAAAGAAUUGUCCUUUGCGUAUUCCUAUAAAAGAUUUUCCUCUCUUAACCGGUUUUUACGAUGCUUUGAAUAACUUGGAAAAGAGCAUUAUUUCAAAAAAUUUGAAUCUCAGCGAAGCAACACAACGUUUGUUCCUACUAAUGGACAAUCAACCUAUUAUACACAGUUUGACUCAUGAUGCCAUGAUUGGAAGUGAAUUGCACAAACAAAUUCAAGAGAUACAUUUAGCUUCAAACUAUUUUCAUCCCCUGUAUAGAGGAACAUUAUUUACGAACUAUAUUUCGUUGUGCGAUAAAGUUAACGAAUUCGUUCAAAAAACGGCUCCUACAGAUAUCUUUGACGCCUUGGGAUAUUAUAGGGAUAAGGAUGGCUGUUUUAAUAAGCUGUACAGCAUUUGUGAUGCAACAAAUCAUGUUCUUUUUUGGAAUCUAGCCAAAGUUGAAAAUGCUAGUAUAAGCGACUACGCUCUAGACUUGUUGAAAAUACCAGGAACAUCACAACGAAUAAAUACGAAAACUUUCUUUGACAGAGUUGCCAAAUAUGACAGUCAUUCUUUUGAAUUAAACUCCCUUAUUUUUUCAGUAAUAUAUGAAAGCAAAAAAUAAUUUAUCACAGAUUAGAAACUUUAUUUUAUUUUUUUAUCUAAUUUUAUGAAAGAAAAAGAGUAUGCAAAAAAUAUGAAAUCAAAUGAAUUAAUGUCACUAUUAUUAACAGUAAGUCAAUCUAAAACUUCAUCUGCAAUAAAGUUGUGACUCAGUCAGUAUUUAGUAAUAAAUAAAAAACUUGUGUUUUAGUAAUGUUUCAGAAAGUGA